GGGGAGAAAAUGAGGGUGUGUUAAAAAGGAGGGGAAAGUUUGGUGAGAAUAAAAGAAGACGCUGAUGUGGAGAGAAAGAGAGAGAGAAUGUGAGUUAAGAGAAGAACAAAGAAGAGUGAAGAGUGGAAAGAGACAUUAGAUAUCCUAUUAUUCUUCCAUUCAGAGAUGAUGUCAUUCUGCUGGAAUUGGGCAGCUCUGCUCCUUCUACUAGUACUGACCCCUGACCUGCUUCCCACCCACCUCAUCAACACCCGACCCCUCCUCACACAUGCCAUCCCCACCUCCCCGACGGUCACACACCCCAAGAUCCAAUAUGUUACCGGCGUGGGCUUUGACUACGACGAAGAUGACUACACUGAAGAGAAAGCUUCCCAUUCCCCUCCCAAUUACAGCAAAACCUCAUCAGCUUCUACUCUGGUUCCGAUGCAGCCCAAGCCCUGUGACUACCACCCCUGCCAGGACAACCAGAUGCCCUGCUCCCAGCUCUCUGCCCAGACCGGGUGCCUCUGCCCUGGGCUAAGCGGGGUAGACGAGCCCCCUCACGCUCCACACCUCCAGAAGCUAGUGCCAGGCACUGAUGGAGGGGCAGAGGUACGGUGGUGCGCUCCAGCCUCUGUGGUAUCUGGAUACCGGGUCGUGAUCGAAGAUCGAAAGGGAGCGCCUCUCCAGUUCCGGGGUGAUUCUCGGAGCGGGGUGCUGGGGGAACUAGAGGCAGGUGUCAAGGUGUGUGUGGAGGCAGUGAACAUAGCGGGAACCAGCGCCCCCUCUGAGCUCUCCUGCCUGCGCUACGACCCCCCUGAGGCCACCAACCUGGCCCUAAGGGCGGGGGUCAUCGGAGGGGGUCUGGGAUUUCUCCUGCUCCUCUCCUUGGUCGCCCUGGUCCUCUGGAGGCGACAGACGUGUAAAACAGGGGAAAACUCUGCAGAGGGGCUGGGGAACCCCUCCUACAGCACGGAGGGAACGCUGUGAUGCAAUUCUGUGUAGCAGAGAAUGUAAGAGUAAAGUAACUGGGAUGGGACAGCGACAAAAUGGCUUCCCUCACCAGUGACUCACCAGCACAGUGCUCAGGUUGUUCAGAAUCCUGCACUUAGGAAUAUGGAAAUUAAAUAAUAACUUUUGACUUUUGUGUACUAAAUAACCCUAACAAAAGCUUAAGAAGCUUUGUGACUAAAGAGACUGCAGGUUGUUUGCUGGCAAAUUAACUUGUGUACAGUGGUGAUUUUAACAUGUAAAUCUUGGUGGGGCAAAAAAAUGGGAUGUGCAUGCCAGCAAAGCCAUUACACUACACAAC